AGAGAGAGAGAGAGAAAGCCCCGCCCCUCAGGUUCAGAAAGAAACUUGCACAAACUGAGCGCUCACACUCUCCCGAACACAUCAACAGGAGGACCUGGUGAUGUCAUGCUGCUGUUGGAACCAUAAUCCUGUGCCGUUUGAGAGGAGAAAUUGUUUGUUCUGAUUGGAUUAUUCGGAUGGAGGUGAAGUCAUGCUGCAGAGUUUUUAAUUGGAGAACAUACGUGUGUAAACAAGGAAUCAGUGUGAAAGAAUCAAUCAUUUACUCAGUAAAUCAGUUACUGAAAUGAUUCAUAUCACUGUCAAAUCUACAGAGAGGAGAGUGAAUCUGAUUCAGGGAAUCAUUUAAAGGAAUGAAUCAGCUGUUAGUGCAGUAUUUCAGUGAGUCGUUUACUAUGUGAAUGAUGAUAAAGAGCUGUUAGAGAGGGAGUCAGAUGUUGAAGUGAAUCAGUUUGUGAUUCAGAAAGAUUCAGUACAGACAGAUACAGUGGGGAAGGAUGGUGUACACCCCUGAGUUUGGAGAAGAGGGUGGGGCUUCUGAGGGGUGGAGGGGAGGCAGAGAUCUAAAAGAUGGAGAAGAGCAGGAGGAGGAGGAGAGUAAUAGAGUACUAGAGGGAAGGGAAGAGCAGGAUGGUCAGGACAGCAGAAUGGAGAUGAGUGGAGAGAAGGAUGAGUGGAGAGAUAGAACUGGUGGUUUAACAGAUGAUGAUGAUGAUAUUGAAAGGUGGAUCAGUCAGGUGGAAGCUGGUAAGGAUUUUACUCCUCUGGUGACCAUCCUUUGUCCAGCAAGUAAGCAGCAGGACCUGAAUUCCAAAAGCAGAAUGGGACCCCCGGUUUCAGCACCUAUAGAACCACAGAUGCACAUGUGCCAUCAACUUGCAGACUUGACCAAGAAACCUGACCGUGACUGUGGGUUCUGUGGAGAGAGACUGAUAUUAAGUCUAUGUCUCUCAGCUGCUGCUUUGAUAUUUCCACUACUUGUGUGGGCAGGUUUUGAGCUGCUGCCUUUUUACACACCAAUAGUCACCAGUGCCCCCUUUAGGCUGGUCUACACACUGCGCUGUGCUUUCUUUGCCACAAUCCCUAUUGUUCUGGGUCUUUUGGUUGAGGGUGUGUCCAGGUUUAAGUCCGGAGCACUGAAGCCUCUGUUUGAGGGGAAUCAAGGGGUACGCGAGGUCAUCGUCCAUGGGGAUUAUGUCCGAGACUCACUACAUCUCUACCUACUGUACUUCAUCCAGCUCACUGCCACUGCAACCUACAUCCACCAGGACCAACUUAAACUGGUUCCCAUACUGACCAUCGUAUUUGUCAUUGGCAGGUUGGCAUACUGGGUGUGUCUGGUAAUUGGCAGCAAAUUUCGUUCUCUGGGUUUCGGACUCUCCUUCCUUCCUCUGCUGGUUCUGCUGGGAACUAAUCUCUACUUUGUCUGUUCAUCAAGUGGACAAGAUGUGGUGUUUGAUGUGGCCCCGCCCACCACAGCCCCACCCCCAAAAUUGAGGUGGUGGGGUUAAAUGGCCUGAACAGGGACGUUAAACUGCUUCUGGAAAUAAGAAACACUGUCAGUGGCCGUAUUUCAUAUGUUUUGAUGUACAUGACGUUUACUGGGAUCAGUUCAAAGGUGGCUCUCUUUAUUUCCCAGUUCCAUAUAAAUGGCCCAUCCUUUACCGCCCACCGCUCGGCAUGACUGGAACUAAACUCUUUCUUGACCCACAGUGAUUUUUGGUGGAUUUGGGACAGAGCCGCUGUUUGUGAUCUGAACCUAAACCUGCACGAAACCAACAGAGGUACCACUACCCAUCAGCCCCGGCGGCAGCGGCGUGCUGAAGGUCUCCGAUAUCAUGAUGGGUUGCAGACUUUAGCCUCAUUAGUAAAUAAGGAGCUUUAUUUUUUCUACACUAGAGCUCCAAGGCUGCAGUCCAUCCUGAGAUCUGACACAGGAAAUGAUUAUUAAUAGUGAAAAUAAACUUUGUGCUUUGUAA